AUGACUAAUAAGUGUAAAUUAGAAAAAGUAAUUUGUAAAUGCAAAGCUUGUUUAAUAAUAAGUAUUCAAGGACGAGAACUUAGUAAGAGAAUUAAAUGCCAACAUGAUAAAGCAGAAAGAUGUUUUUAUAACAAAAAUGGAAAAAUUAUUAGAAAAACAUAUUUUAGAACAAAAAGAACUAAUAAAUCAAAAAAAGAUUUUCUUUAUAACGAGCAAGAUAUUAUUACCUUACAAUAUCAAGAUUUUUAUGAAGAUCAAGAUUUUAAUGAAAAUCAGAAUUUUUACAAAGAUCAGGAUUUUUACAAAGAUCAAGAUUUUAAUGAAAAUCAAGCUUUUUAUGAAGAUCAAGCUAAAAAAACUCAAAUAUCUGAUGAAAAUUUUUACGAAAUUUUACAAAUAUUUGGUUGUAAUAGUCCAACAUUAUAUAUGACAAAACAAACUCUUCAAAAGCUAGUUAAUUUUAAUAUAUACUUUGUUGAUAUGUGUAUUAAUUCUUGUAUAGCUUUUACUGGCGAAUAUACAGAAAUGUCAAGGUAUCCUAUAUGUAAGGCUGCACGAUUUAAAGAAGAUCAAUCUGCAUACAAAAAUGCAGCCUAUUAUCCAUUAAUACCUCGAUUAAAAUUUCAAUAUGCUGAUUUAUAG